UGAGCGUGAUAAAGCCAGCCUCCUUCGUUCACCAGUGAGUGACAUGGUGAGGUUACGGUGUCGCACAGUUAGAGGCUGUUGAGCUGUGUAGUUUCUCACAUUUCUCACUGAUAUUUAAAUCAUGAAGGUUACAGACAGUAACGUCAUCCGGUUUCACCUUCAAGUUCUUCAUGGGAUAACUGUGAGGAGCCUUGAGAAGAAGAAGGACAGACUGUUCAUCGGGCCUGCAAAGAUCUUCGGUGUUCCUCUGGAGAAUUUACCCAGGCGAUACAUACCUGAGUUUGGACUGGUGCCCUGCUUUUUGGUGGACACUUGUUCAAAUCUUCUGGAGCGUGUUGGGACUGUAGGCCUGUUCAGAAAGCCAGGCUCUCUUCCUCGCAUUAAGACCCUCAGGACCAAACUGAAUCGUGAAGAGGGCUGUCUAUCCACAGCCCUCCCCUACGACGUGGCAACUCUCAUCAAGCAGUUCUGCAGGGAGCUUCCAGAGCCUUUGUUUCCCUCCGAGCUGCAUGCAGCUCUGCUCAAAGCCCAGGCGCUGUCCAACCUGGAGGACAGGACUUCAGCCCUCCAGCUGCUGUCCUGCUUGCUACCGGCCAGAAACUCCUCCUGUCUACAUUAUCUGUUCAGCUUCCUCUCCAAAGUCUCCCAGAGAUGCAGCGAAAACCUGAUGACCAGCUCUAAUCUCGCCACCGUCUUUGUUCCAUGUCUUUUACCACCACCCAACAAGACAGAGAUGUCCGAAGGACGACUUGAACUCAGAGUUCUUGUCCUUCGCACCUUCAUUGAAAAUCCUCACUUAUUCGGUGUGAUUCCAAAAGCUGUCAUGGACAGCAUGGAAUUUCUGAUGAAUUUCCAUCUUCUGAAAGACUCAAAGAGAGGACAUAAACGAAGACACAGUUUCAAAGUGAGGCAGUCUGUGAAGACGGUGCCCUUCAUUCAAGGGAGAUCAAAGGUCGAGCCCACAGUCCUGGAGCCGGAGCAAGGGUCCACCUCAGGGGACAGAAAAACACUCAGGAGAAGCAUCGGGCUUGAGACUUUCCCCAGCGUCCAGCUGUUCAGGACUUGCAUGCCCUGUGCAGACCAAAGUUUCAGACCUGCAGCCGCUUUAUUGGACAGUCUGAGACCUGCUGGCAAUGAGACAUGCAGGACUCCACGUGAGGGACUAAAAAGAGAUCUGCGACUGGGUCAUUUCCCGAGACUCGCCGGGGAUGAAGGCAGCUCUCCUGUGCUCACAGGUGUUGGGAAACUGCAGUUCACACCUUGGAGAAGACGCACUUCACUAUGAAGUGUUUAAUAUUAAGGAACUGUCAUGUGGGUUGCCUCAUGUUGUUGCAACAUAUUUUAGUUUAUAAUCUCUGAUGGACCUUGUUGUAUUUAGAGCAGUUUAGUUUUAUUUUAAAUCGGGUAACUUAAAUUGCAUCUUGAUGCUAUGUUUUAGUGAAUUUAUGUAUUUGUCUAUUUAUUUCAUAGCGCGAUUGUUGUAUGUGUUAAGUAGUCACCAUGUUUUUAUAUUAAGUGAAUAAAUCUCUUUUUUUCACUGCU